AUGCCCGGAUACGAUUUAUCUCCAACGGACCGAUCAGUGAUAGAUAAAAAAAAAUUAUGCCCUAAAUGUGAUGGACUUCUUAGAGAAGCUGUGCAAACAAUAGCAUGUGGACAUAGGUACUGCAAAACAUGUGUGGAAACGAUUCUAAGGUAAGUAAGAGUCCCACGACUUAGCACCAACUUAAUCACUUAAUAUGCUAUAUACUGUAGAUAAUUGACAAAUAUGCUGCCGAUAAUAACUGAUUGACAUAUUGAAUGCCCCUCCUAAUAUAUCUCUAUUAUAUCCGACGUGACUCAAUUGAUUUUCCUUGCACUUAAUGUCCAUUCAUCUAAUGGAUAAUGAUUUACCCGUCGAAUAUUAGCGCUCUGGUGCCAGAUAAUUAGCAAAUGUACAGCAGCUAAUUAAAUGGUUAAUAUACGGCAUGUAGCCGGUUAAUAAUCUGUAGAUAAUUGUAUACCGGCUCAUAUACCAAAUAUAAUUGCCAAAUAUGCUGUUAAAAAGUAAAUAUUCUGAUAUCUGGGUGUGAUGCAGAUAAUUUGUAAAUGCAGUGUAGUAAAUUUCACUGUAAAUUUACUGACUCGAGUUUCCCUCUUUUACAGGCAGGAAGUGGGAAAGUGCAUCAUUGAUGGAACAGAGAUUACUAAAGAACAGGUUCGUGAUCGCUUCUUAAGUUUCCCUCAAUGAUUUCAUCGAUUUUGAAAACGGUACACAGAACAAACGAGUGCUCCGCAAUAAUAGCUUGUGUUAAAUUAUAAUCACAAUUUCUAAAUGUACAGGUUUUAACAGACACAGAGGCCAACGUUUCACAUGAGUAAUCAAUAACGAUAACCAUAACCAAAACGAUAGCGAAAACGAUAACGAUGACGCUAACGAUUACGAUAACGAUAACGGUAACGGUAACGGUAACGAUAACGAUUGCGAUAACGAUAGUGGUUAUGAUAAAUAUAAUGAAAAUGAAAAUGAUAAUGUUAAUGAGAACGAGAACGAGAACGAAAUCUAUAAUGAUACUGACAAUAAGGAAUGGGCCAAGUUAUGAUUACCAAAAAUGAACCGUUUGUUGUCGUUGCAGGUAUUUCUUGACCGCUUUGUCGAGCGUGAGAUCCAGUCACUCUUGGUUCACUGCAUUCAUCAAGAAGAAGGUUGUGACUGGAGAGACGAGCUUAGGAAACGAGAGGUAACUACUGGGCUUCUAAAUUGUACUGUUCAAAUGAAACAUCAUGAUGUAUACACUGUACUGGUUGCUACUAGCUGUCUUUUAUACCGGUGUAAUGGAUAAAGACUGUUACAGAUUAACCUCUGGCCCUAUUGGCCACAGGGUCUCAGUGGAGUUCAAAUCAUCAGCCAGGGGAUGUAAAAGUAGUGAUCCAAGAGGCGUAAAUGUUUGAAACAUUUUCACCGUAAUCGUUAAAAAAAAAUUUCAUGGUCAUUUUAUAUCCCACCCGGUGAUGGUACUAAAGGACCUUGCAUAAAAGCCAAAAUUUCAAUAAAAUUCACACCUCAUUGAGGUAGACCCUCUUAACAUCCAGGCUCGAGUUUGUAGAGAUCUAGACAUAACAGACGACCUUUAAAUAAAGCGAUUUUCAGUUGAGCCCAAGUAGUAAAGGGGGCAUGAUUUACUGCGUAGAAGUAACAACAUUAUCUGAAAAAAGGCAAUUUCAAUUGGGCAUGGCUGAAUAAAAGUAGUAUAAGGCGCAUGAUAUGAUUUACCUCGUAUUUUUAGAACAGAAAUCUUAUCAGCAUGUGUAAAAAGAUUAAUAAAGCGAUUUCAACAGCGCGGAAGUAGUAUAGGGCGAAUGAUUUGCUACUUGUUUUGUCAGAGUUUUAAAUCUUUAGUCUUAGAUUUUACGAUGCUCCUAGUUUAAAAUAUGUCGAUUAUACAACAACGCUGUUCUUCUUCCGUCUUUAGUGCUAUUUUGUUCAUUAUUGCCACAAUUGACAAUUACAUGUUCUCGCAUGUUAGGAUCACGAAGCUAUGUGUGUAUACGUUCAAGUUCCAUGCGUUCAUCAAGGAUGCGGUGAACUGGUGACUAGAGCAAAUCUGGUAGAGCAUCUUGAGAAGUGGUGUCAAUUCCGAAUGGAAAAAUGCGACUACUGCCAAACACUUGUAGAGUUUGCAUUUUUGAAGGUAACGAUAAACCUCAUGAAAUUGUUUUUUACCCCUAAGUUGCCCUCAUUUGGGAUACGAUCCUUUUACUUUUAAGUCUUCCUUUGCAACAAUAAAUUUCCUUGUUGUGAAGUUAUUGAUCGGUCUUCAUAAGAUCACUCAUGCAUUUUUAAUUUCUCUUUCUUCUGACGCUCAUUUAUUCUUCUAGUCAUACCUCUAACCCGCUAACAUCUGAAAUCGGUAGAAGUAGUUGCUAGUGUUAAGUCUCACAAACAAGAGAUCUUUUCUUUUCCAUUCAAAACCCAGUCAGCCUGGAUACUUUGUUCACAGUGAUCUCUAAACUGAUGACUAACAUAGUUAAUUAUGCACAGGAACACCAGGCCUCUCAGUGUCCCUCAGUCCCAGAGACUUGCGCAGAAUGCGGGAGAAAGGNCUUCUAGUCAUACCUCUAACCCGCUAACAUCUGAAAUCGGUAGAAGUAGUUGCUAGUGUUAAGUCUCACAAACAAGAGAUCUUUUCUUUUCCAUUCAAAACCCAGUCAGCCUGGAUACUUUGUUCACAGUGAUCUCUAAACUGAUGACUAACAUAGUUAAUUAUGCACAGGAACACCAGGCCUCUCAGUGUCCCUCAGUCCCAGAGACUUGCGCAGAAUGCGGGAGAAAGGGCAUCCCUCGUUCUCAGGUGAGUAAGCCUUACAAGCCUUUCUGAUUUGAAAAUUUUUAUUUGCGAAGUUGAUGCUCACUGGCAUCACUGGAUACUUUGCAUAAGCACUUUCUGCAAUCGAAAAAAAGGCAACGCAUCUAAUUUUGUUGUCUUCCAUGCUCCGAGAGGUUUUCUUCUUCCUGUUUUUCUGUUUUUGCAUACUCCCCAAAACAAUGAUUCCAGAGUCCCACUUCUCGGUACGAAAAAAGAUGGCGUCACCAGCGGAACUCUGGGUAAAUCCAUCAAUCUAUCUUUCUCCGUACCGCGGAUUUGAUCGUUUGAUCUGCAACGCGCGCACUUUUGUAAACGAGUUCUUAACAGGUUGCUCCUAGGUGUUGCGUGGGUAACAAAUUUAAUUCAAGAACAUUUUACAUCAUACUACAUAUAGUUACCGUAACUCUGGAAUAAAACGUUUGGGACUUAAUUUUGUUUUUUUAUCUUUCUCACUCGAUCAGAUGCCUGCCCAUAUUGAUCCGGUAAAUGGAGACUGUGAGGAAUUACAAUCAAGUUGUCCCUGGGCACAAAUUGGAUGCCCUGAGACAAAGGUAUGCAAAUACUUAAGAUUACUUUUGUUACAGGAGGGGAUCGUGCUUUAGAGGGGAAGUUGAAUGUUCAAAAAUGAAUGGCAUCGAUGGCUUUUUGUGUAAAGUGCCGCUACACGUAAGAUGACUUUCCCUUGCCAGAGCAAGGCUAAGACAAAUGUCACGGAUUUGUCUUAAAUAAGUUUAAAGACUGCUGUGGAGGAGGGCGGGAGAUCUUUUAUAUGUGAUUUUGUCCAGGGAAAACGUUUACUGAGUGGUCCUCAGCUUGUGCAGGUUUGCGAAGAUGUCUCCGGAAAGCUCAUACUGAGCCUUGAUCAAAGCUAUCUACGGGCCACUUUUGAAUCCGGCACUUGAAGUUUGACUGUAUGCUCCAAGUCAGCAAUCAUUCGGAAAUUUGUGGAAGGGCUGCGUGUUUAUUAACGUUUCUGAGCUUUAAUACACCAUGUCGUUUUCUUUUUGUUUAGACUAUGAAGCUGCAGGAACGAAGAAUGCAUGAAGAAGAAAAUGCGUCCGGUCACUUGAUGCUUCUUUUUCAGACCGUAAUGCAGCUCUUCUCGAUGGUUGGGAAGACCAUGCGGGAAUCUGGUCUCGUGACAAUGAAUGGCGUAAAUCUACCAAAACAGAAAGAUUUGGAACGCUAUGCUAAACAAGUUGAGAAUAUGCUGAAAGAAAAUGAAGAACUCAAAUCAAAAUUGGCUCAACAAGAAGAAAGAAUAAGGCAACUGGAAAGUUCUAGACAGAACAGGUCAAACUCAGCAUCAGCAUUUGAUUCAACGCUCCCCAAAGAGCUUUUACAGAGGAUGACUACAGAAGAAGGAAAGACAGCCAAUCUCGAACUUUUACUCGUUGAAGCAAAUAGAUUAAGUGAAGAACUACAAAGAAAGGUGUCUAACGUAGCCAGGCAACAGGAAUCUUCGAAUGGAACAACUGAUCGGCUACAAAGACAGUUCGAGUCCAUGAGUCACUCACUAGCACUUCGUAAUGUUAUGCUGACAGAUUUGGACGAAUAUGUGAGGCAGCAGGAAGUCUCCAGUCACGAUGGAAUUUUGCUUUGGAAAAUCACCGAAUUCGCUAAAAAAAGGCAAGACGCAGUCUCCGGGCAUCAGACGUCAUUUUACAGCCCGUGCUUCUUUACCAGUCGCUAUGGAUACAAGAUGUGCGCGCGCAUCUACUUGAAUGGUGAUGGUAUUGGAAGAGGGACACACAUCUCGGUAUUCUUUGUUGUCAUGCGUGGUGAGUACGAUGCGUUACUCCGCUGGCCAUUCAGACAGAAGGUUACGUUCAUGCUGCUGGAUCAGAAUAACGUAGAACACGUAAUCGACUCCUUCAGACCUGACCCAAACAGCUCAUCCUUCCAGAGACCAAGAAGAGAAACAAACAUCGCUAGCGGGUGCCCUACAUUCUGUCCCUUGUCGGAAUUAAACGAUCAUGCCUACGUCCGAGACGAUACUAUGUUUCUGAAGGUCAUAGUCGAUACGACAGAUUUAUAA